AUCUACCGAACAGCUGUUCUCACAGUUUUCCAGCGACGCCAUCACCACGAACACCUGCGUAAUGAGUAAUUCGCUGACAAUUGUUACAAAAUAACCAAAUCCUUGGCAAGGGCAAUACUACAAAUGAGAACUGCAAUCAAGCUGUACCUUAAACACAAAAACACGCUUAGACAAAAUUGAAGCUUAGCCAGAAAAAAAAUAAAUAAAUAAAAUAAAAUCAGAGGAGAAGCUCAAAUAAAAAAACAUGUCGAAGGCCGUGAAUAACAUGAACAUGGGCGUUGUGGAGCCACAGCAGCGCAUUAAAAAUCUCUCCCACUGCGGCAACCUUAUCGAUGUGGACAAGAAUAUGAAAGUGUCGCGCUAUUACCGCGCCGGAACGGAGAUCCUGCGCAUGGCCAACGUCUAUCUGAAUGAGGGCGACCAUGAGAAUGCAUUUAUAUUGUACAUGCGCUACAUGACGUUGUUCAUUGAGAAGAUACGCCAGCAUCCGGACUAUGGCAGCGUUAAAGCUGAAGUGAAGGCCAUCAAUAAGACGAUUAAGGACGAGAUCAUGCCCACAACAGAGAAGCUGCGCAACAAGUUGCUGGCCCAGUACCAACGUGAAUACGAACAGUUUCUGGCCAACAAGGAGGCGGAGCGAAUGCGCGAACAGGAGCGAGAGCGCCAGCUGCAGAUGGCCAACAAGAAGGCAUCGACAGCUUCAUCUAUUCCUUCCCUCAUACCCGCCAAUCUGCACGUACAAAUGGAUCCCAGCAGCCAACCAACGGCCCCAGAUCUGAGUCUGCUCGAUCAGGUGGUCUAUCCAAACGAUUUUCCCACGGGCACCAACCGAAACAACCUGCCCAACUCGGGUCUCCUAUUGCCGAUGGCAGCUGAGGCUGGUGCCGCCGACAAGAUUGCCAACUCGUCGUCAAAGCCCGCAUUCGAUCGCAGCCGGAAGCCGCAGUUCAAUCGCACCGACUCGCUCUUGGCCGGCUCACUGCGCUGCGUCAAUGUGCCCGGCGACACCAUGGAUGUGUUUCUGAAGCUGGCGCAUGCCAAUACCUCCAAUAACAUCGAGACUUGCGGCGUCCUCGCCGGCCACCUGGCCCACAAUGAACUCUAUAUAACGCAUAUUAUUGCGCCCCAGCAGCAGGGCACGCCCGACAGCUGCAACACGAUGCACGAGGAGCAGAUCUUCGAUGUCCAGGAUCAAAUGCAGCUCAUUACGCUUGGCUGGAUACAUACCCAUCCCAGCCAGACGGCCUUUCUGUCCUCCGUUGACUUGCACACGCACUGCUCCUACCAGAUGAUGAUGCCGGAGGCAAUCGCCAUCGUCUGUGCGCCCAAAUACAAUACAACUGGUUUCUUCUUACUCACGCCGCAAUAUGGCCUGGACUACAUUGCACAGUGCCGGCAAAGCGGAUUCCACCCACAUCCCAAUGAUCCGCCGCUCUUCAUGGAUGCACAGCACAUCAAGAUAGAUGCCCAGACCAAGAUCAAGGUUAUCGAUCUGCGCAGAUAGUAUGCUGAAAUUCUGGUCUAACUCAGCAGCGACACGGCAACAGAAUUCUACCAGCUAAGAGCACAUGGGUUCAUCCACUGGAUGCAAAGCAGCGAAUUUAACAAAGGCUACAAAAAACAG